AUGAAUUACGAUCUAUAACAAAUGAAAAAGACAUUUUCAAAUAAAAAGCCUCCUGUAGAUAAUCGCUCAGCCCGAAACGUUCAUGAAUAAUUUCUUGAUAAAUAAAGUAUUAACGUAUCAUUUAAUGAAAAAAAAAAAUCAGCUCCAAAAAUGAAUGCUCUUUUAUAAGAACUUUAAAAAAGAACUAACUCAUAAGAUUAGUAAUUUAAUAGAAAAUCAACUACAAACUCUUAACAUGAAAAAUCUUCAAUUAAUAAAACUCAAAGAUCCAUCUCGCCAUAGCUUUUGUAGCUUUUGUAUUAAAUGCCCUAAUAGUCAAAGAAUAUAUAAUAAUAAAAUAAUGUUAGGUUGGAUUAAGAUAAAUUAUUAAUUAAAAAUUAAAAACAAGAUUCUUCUAAAUGCAAAACAGAAGAAUCAAAAUCUCAUAAAAUUGAAUCAACUAGUUCUACAAUAAAUGACUCAGAAGAAUAAGUUUAAUAGUUCAUUAAUUUAGAAGAAAAUGUAUUUACUAUCUUAGUUGUUAUCGGUAAAAAGAAGAAGGUUAUUAAAUAAUGCUAAAAUUAUCUUAAUUAAAUUUCUCAUUUUAUAUUUGAGGAAAAAGAUUAAAUUUCUUAAUAAAUCUUAUAAAAAUCAAUGAUUUUAGAAAGAAUUGGAAUAUUAGUAGUUUUAUACAAAGCCUUAUCAGAUACAUUUGAUGAGGAUUAAUAAAAUUUAAAAAAUUUAUUAUUUUAUAUUCACAACAGUAUGGUUUUACAUUUAGAAUUAAUGCAGAAUUCAAAUUUUUUAUCAUAAUCUUAAAAAGCUUCAAUAUAAGCAAGACUAAAUAAAGCUAGAGCUAGAAAAAGUCCUUAACUUAUUGAUAUUAAUUUGAUACGUAAAAAUAGUAAUGUAGUAUAUUCUCUUUUAAUUCUAUUGUAAAUUAAUUUUAUUAAUAAUUUUUAGUGUUGAAAAUGCAACUGAUAACAACCUUAUAUAAUUGGAAAAAAUCUUAACAAUAAUUGAUAAAAUCAAUUUAUAAUAAGGAACUAGAUUUGUUAAAUACUAAUAUGAUAAAAUAGUAUAAAAUAUAAAUCUAUAUUUAAAAGUUAGUACAUAUUCAAUAGUUGAGAUUAACGAUGGAUUCUUAAGAUUUUUAGUUUGACUAGGAAGAAGUGAUUGAUUGUUAACAGAUACCUUACUUAUCUAAAACAAAUAAAUACACUUUGGUAUUAGAUUUAGAUGAAACAUUAGUCCAUUACUAAGAAGUAACUGAGUAUAUUUCUAUAUAGUUAGUGGAUGAUGGACAAUUUUUGGUUAGACCUUACGCAUAGUAGUUUUUGAAGGAAAUGUCAAAAUAUUAUGAAAUAGUUAUUUUUACAGCAGCACAGUAAGAUUAUGCAGAUUUCAUAUUGGAUUUAAUAGAUGACGAAUAGGUGAUAGGAUAUAGAUUAUAUCGUUAACACACAACUUUAGUGAAGAAUACAUAUGUUAAAGAUAUUAAUAAGAUUGGUCGAGAUGUAAAGAGAACCAUAAUUAUUGAUAAUUUAGCUGAAAACUUUAUGUUUCAACCAGAUAAUGGAAUCUAGAUAUAGAGUUGGUAUGGAGAUUAGGAUGACUAAGCUUUAAUGUUUCUUUCUCCUUUAUUAAUACAAAUAGUAGAAAAGAAGAUUCCAGAUGUGAGAGAAGCUUUAAGAAAGUUUAGAGAUUAGAUGUUGAAAAACAUUGAGGAUGGUGUUUCAGAUCCACAUUUGCAUUUAGGUUUAGAUUGA